GGCAUGUCACCGGCCGUUAGAGCCUAUUAGGAUUGAGGGCCGUGAGCCCUCACUAAGGUCUGCCAGGAACAUUUCAAUCGUCCGGUUGCGGUAUUACUUAAUAAUUGUGUUUUAAUCGUGAAUGCAUUAUCAACAUCAUAUACAUUUCUAUUCAUUUAUUACAGUAUCACAUUGGUGAUUGUCCGUGAUCCGGGGAAUUAAAUUUAUCAGAUGGGAACAACUUCCAAAAUAAAAAACAAAAAAAAAACAAAAAAAAAAAACACACGACUCGACCAUGGUACUUGUACGCGUGCACUGAGUUUUAGUGAAUCAUGAGACUAAACACAACUGGUUAUCAGCAGUGAACAGGCUGUGGUUACUGAUAUUGUGACGUUUCUGCCGUUAGCGGGUAAGGAAAGGGGCGGGACAGUGGGUUCCUAGUAGUCAUUGACGAGGGCCAUACCCCUCCACGGUACGAAGGCUAGCUUUAGCGGGCUUUAAUUCAUGGCAAACAAAGAAGACAAAUUGAAAAGUGACAAAGCGGCGCAGAGAAGCAUGGAUCUGAUAUGAAAGACCCAGGGGAACACUCGCCGCUGCAUUUGGUCCCGUGUGGGGACAAUAAAAGGCGAAUUUGCGUCUGACUUCCCUUGAUCUGAGUGGUGCUGUACCUAGUGGUGGACGACAUGGCCGGUCAGCAGGCUGAUCUGUCCUAUGCGUGGGAAAGGUACAUGGACUGUAGACUGCAGGGAGCCGACCUGCAGGUCAGUUUUCAAUGUCUGGAGAAUUUCCUCUGCCUCUUCCACUAUGUGCAGCAUCAAUCCACCAUCACCACCAAAGAUGCACUAAAAUUCUGCUCAGACAUGAGUGGGGCUAGUAACACGCUGGCCCGGGAGUUUCUGACUGAUGUUCAUCAACUAUGCAGUGCAGUCGCACAAAGAGCAGAGGCACGAGAGGAAGAUGAAGAGGAAAGCCACAUGGUUGCACUGGGAGAGUACCUGGUUAGGGGCAGAGGCUUCCUGUUGCUCAGCACCCUAGACUCAAUCAUUGACCAGGAGCUGACCUGCAGGGAGGAGCUGCUCACUCUGCUUCUGUCUCUGCUGCCACUGGUCUGGAAGAUCCCUGUCCAAGAGGAAAAAGCCCCAGAUUUUAACUUACCGUCCCUACUGGAGGUGUUCCUUGGCCGAGAUGUGAAGUCCCUCUCUCCCAGGGCGGGGCAGAAAACGACAACUCAUGAACAGAAUUCUGGGAAAAAGCUUCGUGUGGACGGUGGUACCUGGAAGUCACGCCGGUCACGCAGAAUAGCACAGAGGUACUCUGUGAAGGAUGCACGCAAAUCCCAGGUUUCUACCUCAGAUUCAGAAGCCAACUCUGAAGACAAAACAGUCCCAGGCCCUAGGGGUGUGAGGAGCAGAAGACAGCAUGGCUCCAUCAUGCGGGUGAGCUGUCAGCACCAUCGUUCAGAGGCGCCACAGUCCAUAUCUACUGGCACCACCACUACAGAAACCAUGAGCGCACCAUACCCACAUCCCAGAGCAGCUGGGACCCACGUUGCAGAUACUGAAACCCUGACAGACCCAGCAGCUAUAUCAAUUUUCAACCGUAUGGAGAACUCCCCAUUUGAUCUUUGUCAUGUGCUGCUUUCACUGCUUGAGAAGGUUUGUAAGUUUGACAUGAGCAUGAACCACAACCCUGGCCUGGCAGUCAGCGUUGUACCAACCCUCACUGAGAUCUUGACUGAGUUCGGAGAUUGCUGUGGUCCAGGGGGAGGUGGUGGGACUGGGGCAGAGGAGCUGGCUAGAGGCUGGACUGAGGAACCCGUUGCUUUGGUUCAGAGGAUGCUUUUGCGCACCAUUCUACAUCUGAUGUCAGUGGACGUGAGUCAGAGUGAGACCGUCCCAGACAGCCUGAGACGCAGCCUGACAGACUUGCUGCGUGCUACCCUCAAAAUCCGGAGCUGCUUGGAACGACAGAGUGACCCCUUUGCUCCUAGACCUAAAAAGACUCUGCAGGAGGUUCAAGAUGAUUUUUCAUUCUCACGCUAUCGCCACAGGGCACUGCUGCUGCCAGAGCUUUUAGAGGGAGUACUUCAAGUGCUGAUGAGUUGCUUGCAGGCAUCCACACCCAACCCCUUUUUCUUUAGCCAGUCACUGGAGCUCAUUCAUGAAUUUGUCCAGCACCGCGGUCUGGAGCUCUUUGAGGCCACAGUCCUACGGUUGGAAAUACUUGCCAGGGCCAGGGAUUCUGAAGCGGGCGGCGAGGCGUCCGAUAGGCUGCGGGGUCUCAUUGCAGGGCUCUUUAAGAUCAUCAGUGCUAUCAAAAAGGCAAAGUCGGAGCAGCUUCAUCAGUCUGUGUGCGCCAGACGGCGUCAUCGUCGAUGUGAAUAUUCACACUUCCUCCAUCACCACAGGGAUCUGUCAGGUUUGCCUGUCUCUGCAUUCAAGCAAGCCGCCAGACGCAAUCCCUUUGAGGAUGGAGAUGGCAAGGAAGGCAUGGAGGGUGACGUGGUGCAUUACCCUGAGCGCUGCUGCUGCCUGGCUGCCUGCUCUCACCAAUGCCUACGGCUCUUGCAGCGCCUUUCUCCUAGUGGACCAGCUGUUCUACAGGUCCUGGCUGGGGUACAGGCUGUUGGAAUCUGCUGUUGUAUGGAUCCUCGCUCUGUGGUAGGGCCCCUGCUGCAUGCCUUCCAAGCCCCAGGCUUGCGUAGUUACCAGUCUCACAUUCUCAGUGUCCUGGGCAGACUGAUCUUAGAUCAGCUUGGCGGGGGUCAGCCCUCAGAGAAAGCCAAGCUGGCCUCCUGUAACAUCUGCACUCUGGACAGCAGCCAGCUGCCAGGCCUGGAGGAGACGCUGCAGCAAGGAGAAGCCUCAGCCAUUUCUACCAGUUUGCGUUACCACUCCCAAGGUAUUCUACCAAGCGGAGGGGGGGCAGAGGACAUGCUCUGGAAAUGGGAUGCUCUGGAGGCCUAUCAAGAGCUAGUGUUUGGCGAGGACUGGCAACUGAGCCAGCAGAUUGCUGGACAUGUGUGCCACCUGACUCUCCGGGGCAAUGCUAUAGUGCAGUGGCAGCUCUACACGCACAUCUUUAACCCUGUGCUGCAGCGAGGUGUGGAGCUGGCCCAUCAUGCCCAGCAGCUGGGGGUUUCUACUGUCUGUACUCAGGUCUGCAGCUAUCACACACAGUGCCUGCCUGUGGAGGUGUUACUCAUAUACCUGCAAACGUUACCGGCCCUACUCAAAUCAAGGGUGAUCAGAGACCUUUUUAUCAGCUGCAAUGGGCUCAACCAGGUGACUGAACUGGUUCAUUUGGAUCAGACCCGUUCUACAGCUCUGAAGGUAUUUGAGACCCUGAUCAUAGGCAGUGGUGAGCAGCAGGUUGAUGGGACGCUUCAAGAGAUAGAGAAUGCUGACGCUGAAGAAAGGGAGGCUGGUUUGGGCCUUUCUGAAGAACUGGGGUCCAGAGGCGCUAUAGAGGGGCCGCAGAGUCUCAGCAAAUUCUAUGAAGGCUUAAAGGAGGCAUACCCUCGUCAUAAGAGCCGGAGCGGGCAGGGCCGUGGACAAGGGCGCAGCCUAGCAGAGACCCACGUUCAUGUGAUCAACCUCUUCUUGUGUGUGGCCUUCCUUUGUGUCAGCAAAGAGCCAGAUUCUGACCGGGACUCGGCCAAUGACUCCGAGGACACUUCAGGGUACGAUAGUACAGCCAGUGAACCUCUUGGCGGGCGGCUGCCAUACCUGUCUCCAGAUAGUGUGGCUCUGCCCUCCAAAGAGCAGGUACGACGUGCUGCAGAUAUCUGGUCGGUGUGUCGGUGGAUCUAUCUGGCCAGCCCGUUGUUCCAGAGGCAGUUCUUUAGAUUAGGAGGACUGGAUGUCUGCUUGCGCCUCAUGGCUAUGGUUAUUCAGAAACUCUCCUGUAAGACUAAGGAUGGGAAAGCAAAGAAGAAGAGGGACUGUAAGAGUAAAGGCAGCCCAGAGUCCACAGGGCCAACCAUCUCACUAGGACAGGAGGAGACAGCUCAUUAUUUAACUGAAACCCUUGGCACUGGGUCAGCUGAGGGAAAGACCAAAGAUCCAUCAAAGAAGCUGGAGGAAGAGUGGCAACUCCAAAGUAUUAGACUCCUGGAGGCUCUUCUGGCUAUUUGCCUACACAGCGCUAACUCAGCCCCGCAGAGGAUAGAGCCAGAGCUUUCCUAUCAGCUCCAGUCUGUUGAAGACACUCUCUUUGAGGUGAGAGAUCAACUCUCUCGCUCGGGGGUCGUGAACACAGACCUUGCUACUCCUUUGUUUGACUCUCUUCUGAGAGUGGCCCUGGCGGAGGUCUCUUCUUGUCCCGACCCCCUCGAGGAGAAGCCAGACAGGGUGAGUCCUGCCUUGGGAGAACCUAAGCUGCAGGUUUUGGCAGAAAGGGUGGCCCCAGCGGGCGAUCUGUCCGAAGAGGUGGACGAGGUUCAGAGCUGUGGCGUCAAGCCCCCUGGAGAGGAGGAGGGCUACGACGCCGAUAGUGAAAGCAACCCAGAGGAUAUGGCCAAGCAGGAAGAGUGGGUGAACAUGGAGUCCGCUAUGUUGCAUGAGUUGGCAGCCGUGACAGGCAGACCGGGACGAGGCACGCUGCUGCUAUUCCCGGAAAUCUGCACAAUGGAACUGCAGCUUCUUGCCGCUGGAUCCCCAGAUCUGGAAGUUCUGAGUCAUGUGUUUCACUGCUUGCUGACUGCAGUACAUGCCAACCAUCGCAAUGCUGCCUUGCUCUACAAUCAGGGGGGAGUCAAAACAAUCUUGUCUGGCUUCCACAAUAUCCUCAGUCAAACAGACCCCUCCUUUACCGACUGCCAGACUGUGCUAGUGGAGCUGCUGGUUGCCAUGGUGAGCCAGCGAAUCACAGCAGAGGAACUGGCUCUAUUGAUUCGCCUCCUCCUGGAGAAGAACCCACCUACUGAGAUUUUGUUGGAGGGCAUCCUACAAAUAGUUGAAGCCAACAUGAAUAUGGAACCGCUUCACUUCCUGACAUUUCCCAUAGUCCUCGGGGCAUCAAUGCCAGGAGGUGUGUCCCCUGGCUCAAGACAGAAUGGUGCGGCUGGAGGAAAAAGUGUUGGCGUGCUUUGGAAGGGCAAACUGUCUCCCGGCCGCAGGGAGGGGGAUGCUGAAUACCGACCAAACCACUUUUAUUCAUCUCCAUGGCACAUCGCUCCGUUACACCUGCCCCUUGUCGGGCAAAACUGCUGGCCCCACAUGGCCAGCGGCUUCAGUGCCUCUAUGUGGCUGAGCGUGGCAGAACAGGAAGAGAGGGGUGGGGACAAAGACAAGGAAGAGAGUAGCGCACCUGCAGCUGAGGCUCAUCAUGGCUCCUCUCAGGCUGGGACACGAUUAGUGGAGGAAAGCCUCAUUCAUAUUCUGUCCAUGGGCUCCAAGGCACUGAUGCUGCAAGUGUGGGCAGACUUCACAACAGGCUCUCUCACAUUCAGAAUUUGCAUAGACCCUAAUGAUGAGAUAAAAGCAGGACUGUUGGCGCAGGCAGACUCUGUUGAGGGGCUGCUCAGGCCAGGCCAGUGGCAACACCUUGGCCUCACUUACAGCCAGCAGCCAGAGGGCAAGAAGAACAUCCAUGGCUGUGUUGUUGUCUGGGUGUGUGGUAUCAGGAAAUGUGAGGUUUCCUUGGACUACACCCUCCCCAGAAAGUCGAGUUUAUCGUCUGACAGCAACAAGACGUUCUGCAUGUUGGGCCACUGCGCUCCAUCCUCUGAGGAGCUGUUGAAGCAGGGUGGACGCUGGGGCAUGGGCACUGUGCUUCUCUUCAAUGGGUCUAGAAUAGGAUCUGAGGAGGCCUUCUACCUGUACACCAGCGGACCUGACCUCACCUCAAUCAUGCCGUGCAAAUAUGGCAAGCCUAGCAGAACAUUCUCCAAGUUUGUCACUGAGGAAGGACUGAAGUACGAGCAUGUGCGAGAGAUUCUGAUGAAGAGCCAGGAUGUGGACACAACAGUUCUGGUUGAGAGUUUGGCAGUUGUGUAUACCCCCAGCAGUCCCAGAGUCUACACUAUCUAUGAGCCUGUAAUCCGACUGAAGGGCCAGGCCAAGACUGUGGUAACCCAGCGGCCCUUCAGCUCCAAAGAGAUACACAGUGUUUCCCUGGAGCCCAACGCUCUUAAGGCUCUGCUUCCCACUGAAACCCAAGGGCUGCAAAGUGUUCUGCACAAGAUUGGAGGAACUGGAAAUUUUGUCUUCCUUUUUGCACAGACGGUGGAGCUGAGUGACUGUGAAAAGACCCAGGCUCUGGCCCUGCGGGUGCUGCUGUCUUUGUCCAAGUUUAACCAGCACCGCAUCCAUGAAAUGGACUGUUACCAUGGUUACUCUAUGAUCCACCAGGUCCUCAUCAAGUCAAAGUGCAUCGUGGGAUAUCAUAUACUGAAAACUCUGCUGGAUGGAUGCUGCAGUGGACCCAUCCUCAUAUUGGGGGAUGAUGGUCAAUUUCGGUUGGACACGGAGUCUGUCGCUGUGGUGCAGGAUAUCAAGCUUCUCUCAGACAUUCUUUUGGACUGGAAAAUCUGGGCCAAAGCAGAGUGUGGGGUGUGGGAAACCCUGCUUGCUGCCUUAGAGAUUCUCAUCAGAGUCCACCACCCUCAUCAGGUUUUCAACAUCCGCCAGUUCCUCAACGCAAAAGUAGUUCAUCGAUUCCUGCUCACCUGCCAGGUGUUACAGGAGCACCGGGAUGAGCACCUGACUGCCAUCCCUCAGGAAGUCUGUUUGUCGUUCGUCAAAGUCAUUCAGGAGAUCCUCGGCUCACCUCCAGACUUGGACCUGCUAAAACUGAUCUACAACUUCCUGCUGGCUGUCCACCCACCUACGAACACCUACGUCUGCCACACUCCAUCUACUUUUUAUUUUUCACUACACAUAGAUGGGAAGUUGUACCAGGAGAAGGUGCAGUCCAUUAUGUACCUGAGACACUCCAACAGUGGAGGAAAGUCUGCCUGCAGCUCUGUGCUCUCACUCUCCCCCACUGUCUUUAAUGAUGCUUCCACUGAAGGUCAUCUUCAUGCUCCUACCCCUGAACCUGGGGGUGAUGACCAGUCCUUACGCCCACCUAGUUUUGCACCAUCACCAUACUCCUCCCCACUGCUCACGCCUCGACUUGGACACAGUAGCUCAAGUGAGGCAGGUGAAUGUGAAAGGGUCUCACUGGCCACUCAUCAGGCUCUAGGCAGCACAGAGACACUCAAGAAGGGCGGGUGUGAGGAGCAGCUGCUCAGCAGCUGUGAAUCGGCUAAGACAAUCUGCGACAACGCUGAUGUAGGUGAGAGAGGAUCUCAACGGACGCCUUCCAUCAGCGUGGAGGAGGAGCGGGACGAGGGAGCAGAGGUGGACAGCCUGACCGAAGGCAGCGUGGGCGUCUCAGAGUCUGAGGACAGGUGCGACUGGGCUAGUGACGACGCUCCACGCCGGCCCGACAGCCUCAAAGGCAUCCAGUCCUUCCAGAGGAGCCACAGCAACCUGACCAGUCUGGGCCUGGCCUUCCCAGCUGCAAACGGCUCGUUGGCAAUCAGCCGCUGGCCUACUACUGCAGACCGGGGCUCCUUACCUGAAGACUGGGAGACCUACACCUACUCUCCUGGCUAUGAAAGAACCCACAGCAAGACGGAGUCCAAUGACAAGUCCAGCACUGAGGACUGCCUGGUGCUGAUCUGCUGUGGACUUUACGAUCUUCUGAGGGGCGUCUUACUACUGAUGCCUGACCUCCUGCUCGAUGAGGUGAUGGACAAACUGGUCCAGCCAGAGGCCCUCAUUGUCCUGGUCAAUCACUCGUCACCUCUCAUUCAACAAGGAGUCAUGAAGCUGCUGGAUGCCUAUUUCCGCCGUGCCCACAAGGAGCAGAAGGAAAAGUUCUUGAAAAAUCACGGCUUCUCACUGCUAGCCAACCAGCUGUACAUUCAUCAGGGCAGCCAGGGGCUGCUCGAAUGCUUCCUGGAGAUGCUAUUUGGACACGCAGUGGGCUUAGAGGAAGACCUGGACUUGGAGGAAAUGGAAGGCAUCUCACCCUUCAGAAAGCGUUGUAUCAUCCCGGUGCUGGGACUUAUUGAAAACUCUCUUUAUGACAACUCCCUGGUGCACAAUAUCCUGUGUAUGUUGCUGCAGCUGCUCAACGCCUGCCCCAAGCUGGCAGACAUCCUGCUAGACCACGGGCUGCUCUACGUGCUCUUUAACACCCUCUCCACCCUCAAUGGCAUGGAGAACGGUAUUCCCCUGAAUGACUACAAACUUCUGGUGUGUGACAUCCAGCAGCUGUUGGUAGCUGUGACUAUCCACUCCUGCAGCUCUUCGGGGUCCCAAUACUUCCGCAUCAUCGAAGACCUCAUUACCCUGCUGGGUUUCAUGCAGACCAGUAGGAUGCGUCGCACGCAGGAGAUGGCCGUGGCUUUGCAGUUCCGCGUUCUUCAGUCAGCAAUUGAGUUCAUAAAGACGACUGCUAACCAGGAACCUCAGAAAUCGAGUAGCUCUGUUAAUGCACCAAGCUCUCCACAUCACGCUAUCUUUCAGAAGCGCAAGAGCAUCGCAGGUUCCAUUGCCAUGAAAGACUCCAUAAUCCCCCGCAUUCCCCGACAGCACUACUGCUCCUACGGCCAGAUCCCCCUGUCCCCUCCUUUCAGCUUUCUUUCCCAAGACUCCCCCCUUCCCUCCCCUCUAGGAGCACCAUCCUACAUGUUCCACUGUGAUGCAGGCCGGCGUCGGCUCUCCCUGGCCCAUACUGACUCUCUCCUCAUGCGGAUGCGCUCUGUAGCCAGCGAUGAGCUUAACCAGAUGAUGCAAAGGAGGAUGAGCCAGGAGAACCCCAUACGUGCUAGUGAAACUGAAUUUGUCCAGCGCUUGCAGAGACUGGUGGUUCUUGCAGUCAACAGACUCAUUUAUUAUGAUGUGAGUCAGGACCUAUUUGACCUCCUAAAUAUUCCAGACUCUCCAGACCAACAACUCUUCACACCAGAACCGGGCGAUCAACUGCAGGAUGAGAGUGGCCCCUCCUCUGUCCCACACUCUCCUACGCCCUUCACCUUCCCGCCUGCCAGCAAGAAGAGCUUUCAGAAAGACAUUCUCAAACUUAUGAUGGAUGGGAUCAAAAUCAGCCUGGGCAGCACAGGUCGCGGAGGAGCCCCACAUCAGCAGUGGCGAAGAAUCCUAUGGUCAUGUCGAGACACGUUUCGGGUCCAGAUCGGGCGCCUGCUGGUGCAUUCGCUGAGCCUUGCUCUUCCUCUAUCUGACAGGAAGGAGGCGCUUGACUUUGUGUUUGAUCAUAAACAUUUGGAUAUCCUUAAGGAGAGCCUCAGCCCAGGUCUUGAGCAUGGACCAAAGUUGUCACUGUACCUGUUUGAGAUGCUGCAUGAACACAAAGACAGCCUCACCAAAGAUGAACAAAACACUGUGGGUGUAUUCAUGACCUCACUCAAGCUCUGCGGCCAGCGCUGCAUUCCACCCAACGCUCCACACAGACCAGAGCUGCUCAGAGCUAUAAAUGAGGAGAAAAUCAAGUACGAGACAGAUGAGAAAACAAGCAAAGUGGCAUGGGAAAAGAAAGUGGCUAACACUCAGAGGAACCUCAUUCAGAGGCUGGAUGGAAAGUCCAAGGACAUUUCCAAGAUUGCAGCAGAUAUCACUCAGAAUGUGUCUCUGAGACAAGGCAUGGAGAGAAAGAAAGUCAUCCAGCACAUCAGAGGACUGUACAAGACUGACCUGAGUGCCAGUCGCCACUGGCAGGAGCUGGUGCAACAACUCACACAUGAUCGAGCGGUCUGGUAUGACCAGACCUCAUACCCAACAUCUUGGCAGCUUGACCCCACUGAAGGGCCAAACCGGGAACGACGGCGGCUGCAGAGAUGUUUCCUCACCAUACCUAACAAAUACCUGCUCCCAGACAGACGCAAGCCUGAAGAUCCAGUGAAGCCUCCACUUUCAUUCCUGUUUGAGGACAAGACCCACUCGUCUUUUUCCUCCACUGUGAAAGACAAAGCCACCAGUGAGCCCAUAAGGUUCACUCGACGGUGUGUCAGCGUGGCCCCUUCCAGAGAGACGGCAGGGGAGCUGCUUCUGGGAAAGUCUGGGAUGUACUUUGUAGAGGACAACGCUGCCGAUGCUCAUGACAGCCAGAGCCUUCAUGGGGAGACGGAGGCACCUUCUUUCUCUUGGACGUACGAAGAGAUCAAGGAGGUGCACAAGCGAUGGUGGCAGCUAAGAGACAACGCUGUGGAGAUUUUUCUAACCAACGGCAGAACCCUGCUGUUAGCCUUUGACAACACCAAGUUCCGCGACGACGUCUACCACAACAUCCUCACCUCUGACCUGCCCAACCUGCUGGAGCACGGUAACAUCACGGCCCUGACACAGCUCUGGGGCUCUGGUCAGAUCUCCAACUUUGAGUACCUCACCCAUCUUAACAAGCAUGCCGGCCGCUCCUUCAACGACCUCAUGCAGUACCCGGUGUUCCCCUUCAUUCUGCGAGACUACACCAGUGAGACGCUCGACCUGCAGGACCCAAACAUAUACAGGAAUUUGAGCAAACCCAUCGCCGUCCAGUCCAAAGAAAAAGAGGAUCGUUACGUGGACAACUAUAAGUACCUGGAGGAGGAGUACAAAAAGGGCAUUCGUGAAGAUGACCCAAUGCCCCCUGUCCAGCCGUACCACUACGGGUCACACUACUCCAACAGUGGCACCGUCCUGCACUUCCUGGUCCGGAUGCCUCCUUUCACCAAGAUGUUCCUCGCAUACCAAGACCAAAGCUUUGAUAUUCCGGACCGGACGUUUCACUCCAUGAACACCACGUGGCGCCUGUCCUCCUACGAAUCCAUGACUGAUGUCAAAGAGCUCAUCCCAGAGUUUUUCUACCUCCCAGAAUUCUUGGUGAACAGAGAGGGCUUUGAUUUUGGUGUUCGACAGAACGGCGAGAGGGUAAAUCAUGUCAACUUGCCGCCCUGGGCUCGUAACGACCCGCGUCUGUUCAUCCUCAUCCACCGACAGGCGCUAGAGUCCGACCAGGUCUCUCAAACGCUGUGUCAGUGGAUCGACCUGGUGUUUGGACUUAAGCAGAAAGGCAAAGCAGCUGUCCAGGCCAUCAACGUCUUCCACCCAGCUACCUAUUUUGGCAUGGACGUCUCGGCGGUAGAAGACCCAGUGCAGCGACGAGCACUGGAGACAAUGAUCAAGACAUAUGGGCAGACACCCAGGCAGCUGUUCAACGCCUCUCAUAUGAGCAGGGCUGGUCCCAAACUCAUAAUGGAGGGCGAGCUGCCAGCAGCCAUGGGACUCCUAGUUCAACUGGCUUUCAGAGAAACCAGAGAGCAGGCCAAGGAAAUAGUCUGCCCGAGCCCCCUGUCAUGGAUCAAAGGCCUGAAGUGGGGCGAGUAUGUGGGCUCGCCCUCUGCUCCAGACCCAGUGGUUUGCUUCAGCCAGCCGCAUGGCGAGAAGUUUGGAUCCCUGCUUGCUCUGCCAACCCGAGCCAUCUGUGGGCUUUCCCGCAAGUUCUGCCUCAUGAUGAUUUAUAGCAAGGAGCAGGGAGUUCGGAGCAUGCACAGCACAGACAUCCAGUGGUCAGCCAUCUUGAGCUGGGGCUAUGCGGAUAACAUAUUGAGGCUUAAGAGCAAACAGAGCGAACCACCCAUCAACUUCAUUCAGUGUUCGCAACUUCACCAAGUGACCAGCUGUGCCUGGGUGCCCGAUGGCUGUCAGCUAUUCACAGGCAGCAAAUGUGGAGUCAUCACCGCCUACAGCAACCGCUUCACCAGCACCACGCCAGCAGAGAUUGAGGUGGAAUCUCAGGUUCAUCUGUAUGGACACACCGGUGAAGUCACCAGCCUGUUUGUGUGCAAACCCUACAGCAUCCUCAUCAGUGUCAGCCAGGACGGCACUUGUAUCCUCUGGGACCUCAACAGACUCUGCUAUGUACAAAGUCUCACGGGCCACAAAAGCCCAGUCACUGCUGUGUCCGCCAGCGAGACCACAGGCGACAUUGCAACCGUUUGUGACUCAGUUGGUGGAGGCAGUGACCUGCGUUUGUGGACUGUGAACGGCGACUUGAUCGGUCACGUGCACUGCAGGGAGAUCAUCUGCUCUGUGGCCUUCUCCAACCAGCCUGAGGGCGUUUCUGUCAACGUGAUCGCUGGUGGUCUGGAGAACGGUGUCGUCAGGUUGUGGAGCACGUGGGAUUUGAAACCAGUGAGGGAGAUCACCUUCCCCAAGUCCAGCAGACCCAUCAUCAGCCUGACGUACUCGUGCGACGGCCACCACCUCUACACGGCCAACAGCGAAGGCACCGUGAUGGCGUGGUGCCGGCGGGACCAGCAGCGCAUGAAGCUGCCCAUGUUCUACUCCUUCCUGAGCAGCUAUGCCGCCGGCUGAUUCGAGCGUCCCGUGUUUACCACUGUCCAGUUCUUAAGAGGAGCUCUCCCCGCCUCCUCCUCCCCGUCAGAGCAGGAGGAGGACAUGUCAGCAUGGCCUCAACCUCCCCGAACCCUCCCUGACUUUCAAUUAAAGCAUCUCCAGCUGAGAAAACGCUACCACAGCCACCCCAGCAUUAAGAAACAAGUAUAAUAUAUUAGUAUUACAUGUAUAUAAAAGUAUAUUUAUAAAUAUAUUGAAGUGGUUUGUGGAGUGGGGGGGGUGAACAUUUGAAGCUGCAACAGACACUUUUGUGAGAUUGUGUUCGGUCCUUCAUCAUUAUCAUUUUGUUUCCCUGUGUUGAGUUGUUGUUGACGUGUGAAGGCCUCUGCCUGUCGUUGAUGUUCGUGACUCCUGGUACGCUGCUAUCGUCUGGGCUACGGCAGACGCAGGGCGCGGAGACCACCGUCUCUCGCCGCGUCCCCCGCAGCGCGUCGUCUGACAGACUGCUGCCGGAACACAGCGAGCGCUUCCUGCUGACGCUGCAGUAGGUGGUGGGAGGGGAGCCCCUCCUCGCGUCUGCCACCGGGAGAGGUCCUGCUCUGUGGGAGUGAGCUGCUGCUCCGCCGGGCUGUCUGCUUCACUCGACUCUAAACACUAGUGUCUCCGCUCUGCCUUACUUUAUAUGGAGGCGAAAGAUGCUGGGGCCAAUCCGAACGUCACCUGUUCUGUCCCAUGUCUGCAUGCUGAGAUGCUGAGCUGACUGUGUAUAUGUCAUGAUACUGCUUUGGUUCGAGAAAUACUGAGCUUUAUUUACUAGAAACCCCCCCCCCUGGACGUUCAUCAUUCCUCCUCAUCUGCUCUAACACCUUCCAUGGCUUUCUAAAUCCUAAAAGGACAAUCAAACAGCGUUGGAUGCGCCCGUCUCCCCUCUCAUCGUGUGCGUCACGUCAAGGUUGUAGCAGGGACGAGGUCUCGUGUCCAGCAGGCUCGCAGGUUACAGCAGCUUCCGCAGCAGUUAAAGCUUUAAGGCUGACUUCAGUAUCUGAUACACUACACCUACCAGCAUGGAGGCAGUCAGCCAGAGGUUUCUUCACCCUCCCGUGGGUCCAUGCAGCUCUGCUUUUACAUUUCCAAUCAUCCUACUGCACUUUCAGUUUGUCUGGUUAUGUGUCAAGUACAAAGCACUUUGUUUCCUGCUAUUGUUGAAUCUGAGGAGACCCAAACUUCUGUAGUCUUAACGUGACAUGAGCUUUGAUCUAAUUCCACUAAUAAAUUGAAUCCAGAAAGCAAUAUUGGACACAAACAUGCAAUAGUUCCUUUAUACAACUGGAGUUUGUUUUGAUAGUGAAACCUGUAGACAUGUGACCAUGUCGAACAUUUCACAUUUGUUUACAAGAAAGGGAAUAUUUCUUAUAGUCAUCAUUCCUUUUACAUUAUAUUUGUUCUUAGCCCAACUAGAACUGUUGUAGGCGUAGGAGUCACAUGUUACUGCAUUUGUUUACAGUAUUUUCUUGUGUACAUCUGUGCAAACUCUUCUUUCUAUUUAAUGUCACGUGAUGCUGUGUUUUGACAUCUUUUGUUUGUUUCAGGAAAUGGCAGAUUGCAGGGUUAUAUAUUUUCAAUGGAUCAUUUUGCGUUUUGUUUUCUGCCUCGUUAUGUUUCUGUUGAUAACUUAAGCUAUGCAUAAUUUAAAACCAUUGUCUUGUGUUGCUGUAUUUGUGUCAUUUGUUUGGGGUUUUUUGCAACUUGGAGGUUCUGAAAGGUUGUUUGUUGGGUUGUACAUAUGUGCGUGUGAAUGUGGUCAAGUGCAUUAUAAAUAUACAUUAAAAAAUGACGAAAUUACUACAA